AUGAAGGAAGGUAUUCCAGAGAAAAGGUUGUUGACAAACGAUGAUAUGCAACUAUGGGGGGCAUCCCAUACCAAGAAAGAACUACUUGGAUUCAUAACCGGAAUAGCUGAGGCUGUUAAAGGCCUCGACAACUCGCAAUACAACAAGCCGGUAACGACCAACGUGAGUUCCUUAGAAUUGCUACUACAGGAUAUAGGUGAGCUUGUCUCAAAGCACCCAGUCAAGGAACGUUCGACCAAGUCGAGGUUCGGUAAAGUGGAGUUCCGUGAUUUCUAUGACGAUGUUGCUCAGCACUGCAAGGGUCUCAUCAAAAAUCGCUUUACGUUUCUCAACGAAGAGCAAGUCUCACAGCUUUCGGUGUAUCUCACUGAGUGCUGGGGCGAUAGGACCAGGAUUGAUUACGGAUCCGGUCAUGAGUUGAAUUUCCUCUGUGUCCUAUAUGGUCUACAUAAAUAUGGGGCCUUCAAUCUCGAUACGGAUGCUGCCAAUCUGGUACUGGUAGCCUUUGUGAAGUACUUAGAUAUCAUGAGAAUGGUGGAAACAAUAUAUUGGUUAGAGCCUGCAGGUUCUCAUGGGGUUUGGGGCCUUGAUGACUACCACUUUCUGCCCUUUUUAUUUGGAGCAUUCCAGCUGUCUACCCAUCGACAUUUGAGACCCAAAUCUAUUCACAACAAGGAAGUUGUUGAAAUGUUUGAGAGCAAAUACUUAUAUUUUGGGUGUAUCUCGUUCAUCAAUUCUGUCAAGACUACCGCUUCCUUGCGAUGGCACUCGCCGAUGCUUGACGAUAUAAGUGGUGUAAAGACGUGGUCUAAAGUGGCCGAAGGUAUGAUUAAAAUGUACGAUGCAGAGGUUCUGUCUAAGCGACCCAUCAUGCAGCAUUUUUACUUUUGCGAGUUCCUGCCAUGUCCUGAAGGAGUGUCACCGGCCAGAUAUCACAAUCAUGGUGAUGAUGCGGGCUGUUGCGGGCACGAGUACGAGCAAAACACAUGGGGUGAUUGCUGUGGGAUUAAGGUGCCCAGUGCCAUUGCCGCCACUCGCAUGGAGAAGAGACAUGACAAGCCAAUACCAUUUGACUAA